CAGAGAUCAACCCAGGGACAAGCACCUCGCUCCUCACUCCUCUCUUCCUCUCCACUUGGAUAUUAUUCGUCUGACCGAAGGCCGCCUCCAUCAUCAAGUGACAGCCCUCUCCUAUUUAUUUGCUUAUAAACCUGUUACAAUAAAUGAUCAUUGGAGCAACGUCAGCCGAGCAUUUUAACAACGAACAGCAACCACUUUUGAUGAAUGACAUUUUGCUGCUGCUGGGGAGGAUGCACGGCUCAUUUUGAGCAGUCGCUCGUCGAUUGCAUUCAGAUUCUUUCAUUUUUUGCGUCUUGCUUAUAAAAAGGUUUAGAGACAGUUAUUUAGAGACAGUUGCUGAGUUGCAUGCGGAUUUAAGCUCCGACACAACUCAUUGGUGCUCCAGCCCCCCUGGACAAGUGUUGUGUUGUGGUGGUGGGUGUUGUGUUUUUUUUUUUCCUCCUUCUUCGUCUUGCACGGCUUAAUGAUGGAGAGGAUAAGAAAAGAGAUGAUAUUGAUGGAGAGAGGUCUGCACAGUCCCGUCGCAGGGAAGAGGCUCGCAGACACGCCUGGAAAUUCAGUGCUGGAGGCCCUGGAAAACUCUCAGCACAGCGGACGGCUAAGCCCGAGAAUAACUUCGGCGUCUCUCCAUGGAAAUCUUGGGGACAUCCCGACGAAAGGCAAAUUUGAAAUUGACAGUCUUUUCGGCACGCACCACAACAGUGAGAAUACCUCGUCGGCGGAAAUUUCCUCGUCAGAGAGCAGGAAGAAAAUGAGCCUUUACUCCGAAGUUUCGCCAGAAUCAGAUAUUAACAGUGAUGUGGAGGUGGGAUGCCCUGCGCAUCGCUCCCCGAGCCAGCACAAGGAAAACAACAAGGGUUUUUCAGACAGUAAUUCUGGAUCUUCCAACCUAAGCUCAAAUUCCCUCCAGAAUAUGAACGGUAACUCAUCGGGAGGAUCAAACAAUUCAAAUAGCGACCAAGUGAGAAGAUAUCGGACUGCUUUCACCAGGGAACAAAUCGGGAGGCUGGAAAAAGAGUUUUACAGGGAAAAUUACGUGUCGAGACCGAGAAGAUGUGAAUUAGCCGCGGCGCUGAAUCUGCCCGAGACUACCAUUAAGGUGUGGUUCCAGAACAGGCGGAUGAAGGAUAAAAGGCAGCGUUUGGCGAUGUCCUGGCCCCAUCCAGCAGACCCCAGCUUCUACACUUACAUGAUGACGCACGCGGCAGCUACAGGAAGCCUACCUUACCCUUUCCACUCGCACAUGCCUCUACACUACUACCCGCACGUUGGUGUCACGGCAGCAGCAGCGGCCGCCGCCGCCACCGGCGCCGCCUCGUCACCUUUCGCCACCUCCAUCCGGCCCCUCGAUACCUUCCGAGCCCUCUCCCACCCGUACUCGCGGCCGGAGCUCCUGUGCAGCUUCAGGCACCCGGGACUCUACCAGUCACCCGCAGGCCUGAACAGCUCGGCGGCGGCGUCAGCGGCAGCGGCGGCUGCGGCAGCGGCGGCGGCGGUGAGCGCGCCAUCAGCCACCGGGCCUUGUUCGUGUCUCAGCUGCCACAGCAGCCAAGCGGCGAGCGCGCUGAGCUCCAGGAGCACCAGCGCUGACUUUACCUGCACAGCUUCGGGGCAAAGAUCCGAGAGUGGAUUUCUGCCGUAUUCUGCUGCUGUCCUCAGCAAAACCUCAGUCCCGUCACCAGACCAACGAGAAGAAACUUCACUUAACAGAUAACUCAUCAUGCAGCCUACACGACCCUUGUUCCUAUUUUGCUCUAGUCCUACUUUAGGGGAUAGGCCUACUUUAAAAACCACACCUGGGUAAAGGAUUCGUCUAAUAGGCAGCACUGUAAACACACAUAUUUAGAUUAAUUUCUAAAAAGUCCAGAAGACUCAAAACAUGAUUAUCUAGCACCGAAAAUUUUGCAACUCACACCCUUUUUUAAAAGCUUGUGCUCAUGUGUUGCGCCAGUAGACAAUUUCUAAACUGGAUUAAUUUAUAGGCAAACAUAUUUGGAAAAAUAAGACAUUCAAUCAAUGUGCCAUUUUAAAAUUUUUUGCAUUUAUAUCUGCAAACCCCACAUCUGUAACUGAGUCACAUCCCAUAUUUCCAUAUUUCUGCGGCUCCAGUGUCCAACACCCAGCCACCCUGGCUACCUUGACUCCUCUGGUUUUUUAAAGAUUCAAACGUGAGCUAAUUAUGCUACCUAAAUUUAGACAGCAGAAGGUCCUGCUUCUCUGCCCCAGCAGCAUAUCUUUCUUCACUAGGCCUAAUAGACUGAGAUUUUUGGCAGGGACAGCUUCUCCAACACCCAGCCUCUGCUCUGUGGGGACCCCCCUAAUCAGCUAGAAAGGGUGCAUAUAAUUUUGCACCGCGUCUUUCGUGUCAAUUUUUAUGUUAAUAAUGAGAGGAUCAUGACAAAAAUUGCCAAUCAUGUACCUAGAUGGAGCUCCUUUGAAUACAUGACUGGAAGAAAGUUCCUCGUUUUGAGACCCGCUGUCAAGUGCUAACAACCCGCGGAGGGAAGUCAUUAGACAUACAAAAGACCUGGAACAAAAGCGACAGUCCUGGUACACAGAUGCACUGCAUAAGGAUAAUAUAUGACACAUGUAGGCUUUAGAAAUAUUACAUACAAAGCAGCCUGCAAAGAGAGCCUCAAAUUUAGUUUGCUGAUAAUGGGAAAUACCUCGACACACACACACACACACACACACAUACAUACACACACACAGUAGCAUCUCUGUUAUUUACAUUGCUGCGCCUCAUUAUAUCAAAUCCAGUAUUUUCAUAGGUGUGUAAUCCCUUUAGGACCUCUUCACUCAGCACACACAGUGACGGGACUGAGCAAAGGCGAAAGUUCAGACUAAAUAAGCCUGGCUUUACAAUCUGUCUGCGCCUGUAAAAAUGGCUAUGUGCUAUUUUAUUCGUUCCUGUUGGGACAUCACCAAUAUGUUAAUUAUAAAACAUGUGAACUGUAAAUCGUGAAAUAUUUUGCAAAUAGUCCUACUGAUAGUUGACAACUGAAUUAUCGAUCGCCCUGAAGAAAAAAAAAAUGCUUCCUGAAAUGUGGAUGGUAGGCUGAUUUUUUUUUUUUUUUAAACACAUUUUUAUUUUUAUUUAUUUUGUGUGACUUGCUGAAUGUUUUUUUUUUAUGUUUAAACACUGGAUGUACACGUCAAUAGGAGCAUCACAUUAGCCUACAAAUUGGCCUCACUCAAUAGUCCAAAUUCAUGAUCUGGAAUUUCGUGCAAAAAUUUACUGACUGAAUUAUGGAGAAUAUUUCUUUACGGUCCACUCCAAAAAAAAAGAGGCUUUUUUUUUUAAAGGAAAAAAGGGCUGAUAAACGAGCACUGAAAUUAAAAAUGAUGAAAAAUAUUAUUGGCCUUUGUCCCUGGGGUCUGUUAUAACUCUAUAUCUCUGUAUUUAAAAUAUCAAUGACUGUAUGAAUUUAAAUAUUUUAACUUGAAAAAAAAAUUGUGCAAUAUGAAAUGUAAAUCAUGUUAUUUAUUGAUCGUGUUUGUUCUUGGAAAAUAAAUAAAAAAAAUCUUUACACA